UGCCUUCAGAUCAACUCGUUGGGGAACGAAUGUUCUGGUUUUAUUCGAGCUAUAUCUCCCUCUACCGCUGGCUUUGCCUCGAAGCCGGUGGAAGGUUCAAAGCAAGAAACUAAGCCUUCUUAACCUUCUCCAUCUGCAGGUCUAAAGAACCCCGAGAGGCAGAUACCUGUAAUCAAGUCCUUCUGUUGCC